CGCCUGCGCAGUUCUGGGUGUCGCGUUAGUGCCGCCCGAGUGUUCUUGUGCGGCCUUUUUGUUUCUCGCGUCACGGGACCGGCGGGUGGCUGCUGGCUGUCGGUCCAGGGCUGUCAUCAGCCUGGAGUUAGGCCGACAGCAAACGCUUGAGCCGUCGGGUUCCGGAUGUGGGCGGCCAGCAAUGAAGCCCGCGGGGAGGCGCCGUGGAGGGAGGGGGUGUGAGGCCUCGGCGUGGAGAGCGGCGUGGGCACUGCCGCCCGGAGGGAGCCCGAGCUCGGGACUUGCACGCUCGGCAGGAGUGACCGCUGACCGUCCGCACGCGCUGUGCCCCGCAGGAUGCAGCAGAGCACUCAUCAGACUGAACCGGUAGGAACAGUCCCUCUCCGGGAGGCCCUGAGGGCACUCCUGCCCCGCACUAAAGAAGAAAUGAAGCUGGAUUUCAGUGAGAGAGUGGAGAGGAGUGCGGUGACGCUGCUGCAGCAAGCCGCCGCCCUCUUCUAUGGGGGCAGGCUGAGCGAGUGUCUGGAGGCAAGCGAGGCCAUCCGUGACUACUCCUGGGAGAAGCUCAACACCGGGGCCUGGCAGGACGUGGACAAAGACUGGCGUCGGGUUUACGCCUUUGGCUGCCUUCUCCAAGUCCUGUGUCUGUGUGAGGCGCCUGGGGACGCUACCACUGUGGCCGCAGCCCUGAACGUCUGUGACAUGGGGCUACUGAUGGGGGCAGCCAUCCUUGAGGACAUCCUCAUUAAAGUCGCUGCCAUCCUACAGAAGCACCUCUCUGGAAAAAGGCCCGGCCCAGGCCCAGCUCAGGAGCAGCCCAGCGUAAAGAAAGCCAGGAAAGAGCAUGCUUUGGUUCCAAACAUGAGGUCAGAAAGAGCGAUCUCCCGGCUUCACUGCCCGUCCCUGCAGUAUUUCAGGGAGCAUCAUUUGGUCCCAGAGAGGCCUGUGAUCUUGGAAGGUGUGGCUGACCAUUGGCCGUGCAUGAAGAAGUGGAGUGUGGAAUACAUCCAGGAAGUCGCUGGCUGCCGCACCGUCCCCGUGGAACUCGGCUCCAGGUACACAGAUGAGGAAUGGUCCCAGAGACUGAUGACGGUCAGUGAGUUCAUCGGCAAGUACAUCCUGGGUGAGACAAAGGACAUCGGGUACCUGGCCCAGCACCAGCUCUUUGACCAGAUCCCAGAGCUGAAGCAGGACAUCAGCGUCCCCGACUACUGCUGCCUGGGCGACGGGGAGGACGAGGACAUCACCAUCAAUGCCUGGUUUGGGCCCCCAGGCACUGUGUCGCCCCUUCACCAGGACCCCCAGCAGAACUUCCUAGUCCAGGUGAUCGGGAGGAAGUACAUCCGGCUGUACUCCCCGCGCGAGUCAGACGCCUUAUACCCUCACAGCACGCACCUUCUGCACAACACGAGCCAGGUUGACGUGGAGAACCCUGACUUGGAGCGGUUCCCUAGGUUUGCUGAGGCCCCAUUCCUGUCCUGCGUGCUGUGUCCUGGAGAGGUCCUCUUCAUCCCGGCUAAGUGCUGGCACUAUGUGCGCGCCCUGGAUUUGAGCUUCUCUGUCAGCUUCUGGUGGUCAUAGCCAGCGCCCCGUCCCCGGCACCCAGCCCUAGGCGUCCUGUGGCCUGCAGUGCUGGGGAACCGGCAGCAACCUGGGCUCUGGGGUUGUGUCACCACAGAGGGUUCAAGAGCUUGGGCAAUGUCACUAUCUUAACCACUGUGAUUGUCACAUAUAUUUGUCACGGCCACAGUGCCAUCUCUGGAGAGAGACGGGCGUGGCCGUGGUCACAGGAGGGUCCCUAACGGCUGCUGGACAGCUCAGACCUCUGCUGGGAAGGUUUCUGUGGUCCUUGCUGAGGUGUAUCCUGCCGGCACAGGGUUGUGUGCAUCUUCUCAGCUUGUUCCCAAAGCAGAAACCCCCCCCCUCCCUGGUCACUGCUCUCCUGAGAGAGGCCCAGGCUUCGGCCUUUCCAUAGUGUUUCUUUUGUUUGUGUUUGACCAUUAAGACUCUCCCCAGACUGGAGAUGGGCGUGUCCCAAAAGCUGGCACCUCAACAGCCCCGGCCUUGCCCCCUGGGACAGUCAGCCCAGUAACAUUUCUGCAGCGUUGUCUCUGUCUGACAACGCUCAUCACACCAGUGACCAGGAGGUCAAGCACAACCUGUUUCAGGCCAAUCGUAAAGGAGAUUUUAAAAGCUAAUAAACCUCAAAAAAGUUUCUCUCUUUACUACA